UAGCGUUGCGCCUCUGCAGGACUGUCAAGCUUCGAGCGGCUCCUGCUCACGGCGCCUCGCAGCGAGCCACAAGAGCGGAGAGAGGGAGGGGCAGACUCAAAGCAAGCAGAUCGCCUCCGUGGAAACAAAAAAAAAAAAAAAAUCACGAACCUUCUGAUACCCCCAUUGCAACACGAGCAAUGGUCUUUAUCUCCGCCUGACCAUGGUGCGUCUUGUUAAAGCAAGAGGACAGGGCGCGGUUUAAAAUACAUACAUGGUUUUGUGAGUUGGGGGUGAGGAAUUCGUAAAUAAAGGACCCCCUCCUCUCCCUGCUGCUGCAUCAUCUUUUGAGCAUAAUGUCAAAGGGAAAACACAACGAGGCGCGUAUCAACGCAAACGAUGUGUAGUAGUACAACUUCCUACGGAUCGCUGGUCCUGAGCACCACAACAGAGGAUUGAGAGGAGUAUCGAUCGGUCUGUAAAUAAAUAAAUAAAUCGGCAUGGAUCCGCGCUAAAGAUGUCCCUGUAGUCGUGGCUGACUCCGGUAGCAGAAGACGUGGAGGAGAAAACGGAAUGUAAGUCUCUUGCUUCAGAACAGAGAGAAGAAGGAACGAAUUGCAAAAGGAAGAGGUGGGUCUGGAUGAGGGCGCGAAGCUGCGCUUAAAGCGACUGGCGCUGUCCGUUCAGCACCACUGCCGUCACCUUGCGCUGAAUGUCAUCAGGCGCCGAGAAUAAUUUACCAAUUGAAAUCGACGGAUCUGGGUCUUGGGUUUCAGUUUUAGGAAUCGAGCAUUUGAAUUUUUCUUCUCUCCUUUUGGAAUAAUGGCCGUUUUUUGACGUUUUAUUGUUUGUACUGUGAUGUUGAAUGUAAACAUUUUGGAUAUUGCAAUUUUUCAUCAUUGUGCUUCUGGGGGUAGCUACAGGCUGGUAAUCGCUUUCUUUGACAGCCGCUUAAAACCGCCGUCGAGGCACUGAUUACUUCACUAUAUUAGCUGUUGCGUUUUUGUCUUUUUAUUACUGGAACCGCAUAUCUUUCUCCCCUACUUUCAUUUCUUAUCAAUAACGCACCUUUUAUUUGGCUUUCCAUCUUUGCUCAUCAUUCCUGUCCCUUCCCUUCUCCUUUCCCCUUCCCCUCUCGCACAUGUCAUCCGGGUCCCACCGCGUUGCCCCGUGUACGGUUAGCGUUGUAAUGCCUGUAACUUAUUCGAGACAUGCCUAAGGGACGCGAUGGGCCAAGGCGACGAGAACGAUCGCAUUGUAAUAAACGUGGGAGGGACCAGACACCAGACUUACCGCAGCACCCUGCGCACGCUGCCGGGCACCCGGUUAGCCUGGCUCGCUGAACCAGAUGCGCACAGCCACUUCGACUACGAUCCAAAGAUCGACGAAUUCUUCUUUGACCGGCACCCUGGCGUGUUUGCGCACAUCCUCAACUACUACAGGACUGGCAAGUUGCACUGUCCUGCAGAUGUUUGCGGGCCCUUGUACGAGGAAGAGUUGGCGUUCUGGGGCAUCGACGAGACAGACGUGGAGCCAUGCUGUUGGAUGACCUAUCGGCAACACCGAGAGGCUGAAGAGGCCCUGGAUAGCUUCGGCGGAGGAGCCCUCGACAUAGGCAACGAGGAAGCUGAUGGGGACGGCAUGGGGGACUCGGGAGACGGCGACGAGGAGCUGGAAAUGACUAAAAGAUUGGCACUGGGGGACUCCCCGGAUGCCAAAUCUGCGGGACUGUGGCGGCGCUGGCAAAAGCGUGUUUGGGCACUCUUUGAAGAUCCUUAUUCUUCUAAAUAUGCAAGAUGGGUGGCAUUUGCCUCGCUGUUCUUCAUCCUGGUGUCCAUUACCACGUUCUGCCUGGAGACGCAUGAGGCCUUCAACCCCAUCACCAACCGCACGGAGCUGGAACACUCAGAGAAUGGCACGCUCGAGCGUGUGAUCCAGGAGACCGAGACUGUGGUCUACCUCACCUACAUCGAGGGCGUGUGUGUGGUGUGGUUCACCUUCGAGUUCCUCAUGCGCGUCACCUUCUGUCCGGACAAGCUAGAGUUCAUCCGGAACACCCUCAACAUCAUUGACUUUGUGGCCAUCCUGCCCUUCUACCUGGAGGUGGGGCUCAGUGGCCUGUCUUCCAAAGCUGCCAAGGACGUGCUGGGCUUCCUCCGCGUGGUCCGCUUCGUCCGCAUCCUGCGGAUCUUCAAGCUGACGCGGCACUUCGUGGGGCUCCGGGUCCUCGGCCACACCCUGCGGGCCAGCACCAACGAGUUCCUGCUGCUCAUCAUCUUCCUGGCCCUGGGCGUGCUCAUCUUCGCCACCAUGAUCUACUACGCCGAGCGAAUCGGGGCCAAGCCCAACGACCCGCGGGCCAGCGAGCACACGCACUUCAAGAACAUCCCCAUUGGAUUCUGGUGGGCGGUGGUGACCAUGACCACCCUCGGCUACGGGGACAUGUACCCCCAAACUUGGUCGGGCAUGCUGGUGGGCGCCCUGUGUGCCCUUGCCGGCGUGUUGACCAUCGCCAUGCCCGUUCCUGUCAUUGUCAACAACUUCGGAAUGUACUACUCCUUGGCAAUGGCUAAGCAGAAGCUACCAAAGAAAAAAAACAAGCAUAUCCCACGGGCCCCUCAGCUUGGCUCCCCCAAUUACUGUAAGUCGGGUGUAAACUCGCCACAUCACAGCACACAGAGCGACACGUGCCCCCUGGCACAAGAAGAGAUAUUAGAAAUAAACAGAGCAGCCUGUGAGGCAGUAGGGAAGGGGGAGCCCCAGGAAAGCACAGACACCCUCUCCACUAAUGGGCAGAGGUGAGCAUGCAUGCUCAUGCAUGUAGGACCAGAGGUGGACAGUUACAAAGACAGUGGGCAGAGGCAGGGAGAUGCAUUGUGGGAUGGUGAUUAGGGGUGCUUGACUUGGCUAUAAUGAAUUUUCAUCCCUCUAUGCAAGAUAUAUAAGAACGCCUCUCUGUCUGGAAAACCUGCCCUGCAAUGGCACUCAUUUUAUCACUUUUCAACAUAUUUAAACUUUUUUUUUUUUUUAAAUCAGGAAGUUAUACAGCUAAGAUGUUCCUCUGGCUAUUGUUGUUGUGUUAGACCCCAAAUUAACCCAGAUAAUGUAGCUGAUGAGCCAGAAUCCCAGAAGUGAUAUGAUGCCUUUGAAAAUUAAGCAAAUAAGAAAUAUGUAUGGAGGUAGAGAUGCAUUCUGAAGGUGGUAUCUGUCUCACCUUGCCAACUUUGCCAGGCUUGAGACACUGAUACGUUGCGAUAUAAUACCAUUAAGGUAAUGUGGAGAUAAUGUACAAUAAAAUUUUAUGAAGAGGACCAUUAAGUUAUUGUGCUCUUAAGGCCAAGUAGUUCUGAAAUUCAUGUGGGGGAGCCAUUUUACUGGGCUGCCAUCCAUCUUUGUGUGCAUCAGCAUCUUUAUCCCAUUGCACCCCCCUUGGGCAAGUGGCAACUCUGCUCUCAGCAGAUGUUUCAAGCACCACAGGCUCAGAGCUCAAACUUCCCACAGGUCUGGGGCUAUUGGGCUAACAGGUUUUAUGCUGUGCUUUUGUACUGAUGUUGUGAAUUGUAUAUUCUUAUCCCAAAAACUGUUUAAGGGAUAGGCAGAGCAGAGUCAGGAGUCACGUGUUUAUCUGUAGGAAGAGAAUACCCACAGUGCUUUGCAAGCCUCAGCCAGUUCUCAAAAAGGAAUUCUAAUUGACCAAAAGAUCAGUAUGGAGUCUAGCCCUCCUCUCCUCCUGCUUUCAAAUAGUCCCCUGUUCGUCACUUCAGCGUUCAGGAGGCAUUUUCAUCUUGGCACAGCAAGGCGGAGAGGAAGGGGACUUCAGAUCAGUUUGUAUUGCCAUCAAAACAGCAGAGGGAGGCAGCGCAGCAAGCAGAAGAGCCUCCGUCCCUAAGCAAUCGUCACAGCUCAAAAUUAGCACAGCAAGAGAACAUCAGAACACAGCCUAAAUAAUGAGGUAAUUCAGGCCGAUCCAGGCUAUUGGUCCUGCCGCGUUUUACAUAUUUGACUUCAGCUUCCACUGGGUGGGGAAGGAGAGAGCUGGUUUUCUCACCUUCCCACCACCGGAUCCUGUAUUUUAUUUGAUGUCUUAUAUAUUUCAUUCAGCCGCAUCCCUUUGGAGUUCAGGCUUGUUGCCAUGACAACAGUGUUCGAGCGACAGCGCAAUAGGAUUCCAGCUCUGUAAUGAGCCGCAGCCAUUCACGGGCUUAAACUCCUAUACUAGUCACACAAGUGGCGUAGCUCUGCAGCACUGACACUGGUCUCUCAUAAACACACGCACACAUGCACGCGUGCACACACACACACACACACAUACACACACCGGAAUGCACUUACACAGAAUAGUAUGCAUUGAAGAAUGUUAUAUUGAUAGAAUGAUAGAACAUCAUUAUCAGAUUAAUGUAAACCUGAAUGGUACUGGAGCUUUUGAAAUGAAAAGUCUUGACAGAGAAACAUUACCCUGAUGAGGGAUCUCAUGCUCAAUGCAGCAGUCCAUUGCUUACACACAAGGCAUUAUAUGAGAGGAAAUGGGAAACUUUGACAUUGGAGAAACGUCUGCAAAUGUCGGUGUGAAUGCAAAUGACAUCCCCCCCCUAGUGUAAUCCGUCUCCAUCCUUCCCACUUGCAAUGACACAUCUUCUUACGUUUGCACAUGGUGUCACGUGCUUCGACACCAAUUUGCCUUCGCUCUAAAUGUGUUGUAAUUAGCAUUCCUGCUGCAAGCCCUGAAGGUGGUAUUCUCGCUGGGUUGCAAUUAUGCCUAAUUGUCCCAGUGCAGAGCCGAGCUCCAGUCCUUGCAAGUCCCAGGGCGCCAGCCAGGACACUGGACUCAAAACACAAGAGGACUCCUUAGCACCACACUCAUUGCUGACUGUGACAAUAUACCCACCAGGGCUUUCUUAAGAGACUGUAAACACGAUUUUCCCUCACACACUGAGUCACAUCACCCUCAGAGAUUAAUCAGCCAGAAACAAACGCAUACUGGAUUAGUACUCUCUGAACCAGUGUAUACUGCGGUACAAUAAUAAGUUAUACAGUAAGCUCUUGGUUAAUUCUGAUUAGGUUUGGUACUGGUUUUCUUUGCACCGAACAUGACCUGAGGUCCUUAUUCAGACAUUGAAAAACUGUUCUCUUUCUAGGUCUAAAUAAUCCUUCAAUUCUAGGUCAAGGCAACAGUGCAACCAGACCCAUAUUUACCUUUGAGUGCUGUUGCUCACAUAUGGCCUUAUUUUUUUAUUCAUUCAAGUUGUUUGCCACCCAAAUGGAACUUUAUCCAUGCUGGUUUUGUUUGUAAGGGGGCUAUAAUGGCUGCAUUCUCCUAGGGUCUCCAAUGAAAUGGCCCAAGCAUCUACUUAAUUGGUCCAAAUGAGAUCUUUGAAAUCACAUGAAAUGUCCAGCCCCAUGUGGCUCAAUCACUCUCAUCUGGCUUCUCUUAAAGAUUGAAAGUCAUGUGUUGUUUAUUUUUAAUUUGCCCUCAUUCAGGGUAGUUUCCCUUUUAUUUUUUAAUAAAUGUGGAAAACUACUGUAACUCAGGUUGGCUGAACCCUGGGCUCAAGUAUCUAAGAGGGUUGCACCCCACCAGGAAACUGGGGCACCAGAUUUUACAGCACUGCAUGUUGAUUUUUUACCUUUCAAGGGUAUAACCCAUUCCCCACCUAUGAACCCACCCAUAGACCUUCCCCAAAGUCACAUGAGCCAUGCAAUUUUUAAUGGACACACAGUGCACCAUUUGUGGCUAUCAUAAGCAAAAUCUUGCAAUAAACUUUUGUUUGGGAGCUGUGGACCAAGGUUCUGAAUCUAAACCUGGCCCUCUGAGGCUCUGAAUCGAGUUUAAAGACACAUUGUCCAAAGGCAAGCUGGGUUCAACUCGGGGUGGAAGAGUUAACUACUCAACUGAAAAAAACUGCACUUCUAAGCUCCUCAUCUUUCUCUUCAGACAGUUUCGUGCAGGUUGGGCUGCGAGUCUUUAGAUGAGUGCCAGCAAAGAUGUCCGAACCAAUCGGGAGGAGCCUCUUUGAUUUUGGUGGAGGCGGAACCACGCUCAUACCAGAUAUCCUCUGGCAGGGACUGAGCAUGUGCAGAUUCACUCUGCAAAAAAAGCGCUUUGUUUUUCGUGGUGACCCUUCUUUCUAAAGGAGACGGACCCAGAGGCAUGAGCAGACUGCAAAACUAAAUGCCGUCCUUGUGAAAAACAUCCUCUGUUGUGUACCCACCCCCCUUUCCCCUAAAAAAUGUUCUAUUGUUGCCGUCCAGGAGAAAGCACAGGGGAAUGUAUAUAUCUGCCUAAGGCGUUGUUACAGAGCUGUCACUCUUAGGUCCAAUUCUUUUUUUUUUUUGGCCACACGGAGCAGAUAUUGUCCCCUAGAGAUAGACCAGCUUUAUCAGCACUCCAUUAGGGAUCCAUGCACUCUAUGCCUCUCUAUUCUUUUGUCCUUCCUAAAAGAUGGAAAAUAUUUGCAAUUGGCUAGCAGCGUACAUCACCACACUAGCACUGCGGGGCACAAGUGAACUGUAGGAAAAAUGAAAACAUCACUGCCAUCACGUUUGUAGCUACCGUGCAAAAUGACCAGGCAGUCCAUUGUAAAGGUCUGUCUUAAGAUUGCACCAUUAUUUAUUUAGCUGCAUUCAGCAACACUGCUCCAUGCAAGACUUAUGCAUGGCACGGAAAAUGAAAGCACAAAAAUAGGUGCAAACUACUCACUGACUAAUUCAGCAAAUCAAGCCCAUAAGGAGGUGACCAAGUCCCCCAGGGUGAUUUUUCUAUUUUCAAACUGCCUAGAUGCUGGGGGGCAGUGAGCAGGUGAUAAUUGUCCAUCUCACAAUUAUGAUUCCAUUCAUAAAGACUGUUUCGAGAAUGACAUCACUCUCUGGUGAGUCAGAGGCAGCAUAAGUAUGCUCUUCUGGCUUCUGCUACAUUCUCCCCAUAUGCCCAAAGCAACUUCAUCCAAGUAGCAUGUGUGAGUCUACAGUAUCUGAACCAUGACAUUAAUGUAAUUGGUGUGGUGGCCUGAGUGGGGGCACAAACGCCAAAACUUGCAACCACACAGCAGAAGACACGAUCAGCUUGCCAAAACCAACAUUCCAAGAACAGCGAACCAAUGAAACCCCUGAUGUCCUGACAUUAGGGGAUGACAUCACCAGCGGAAUAGGAGCCUUGUGACCCCUGCCACAUGUGCCGUAUGCAGGAUGGCUGUGGACAGUACUGGCCUUGUGAGCGUGUCACUUCCUGCGCAGGGAGACUCGAUACUGUUCCGCAGCUGCUUCGCAGUACAUCCCUCUGCAGAAGUGUUUAAUUACAGCUCAAAGUGUGUGCUGCAUGACCUGCAUAUUGAGACUCAAAGGAGGGAUGGGGGAGGAUGGCGAAGACAGAGCUGGAGAGUGUGGAACGCUAAGGCUAUUCUGAAGGCGGUGACUCAUCUGCCUCCCUCUUUCGCUCACAGACGAGUCUGCAUCGCGGCCCCAGCACUUCCUCUGUUUAAACCCUGCGCCGAACGUGACCCAGAUCCAUUGAUGUGAUGUGGACGUGUGAGGGUCUUAACUGCAUGACUUUCAGGCAGGCUUUGAGGGAUUUGAAUGAGGCUCUCUACUCCUUCACUGUUUGACUAUAAGAGAAACGAUGGAAACCGGUGGGAGUUUGUUUUUCCCCUCGAAAAAGACCUGUCACGUCGUUCCAGGUUCUCUUCCUAUUAUGAUGUGAAAAGGUUUGGAACUUCAAUCCAGAUCUGACCCUUCAAAACCCUGGUACAAUUUGUAGAAAAUUCUGCAGCAAGGCGAACUUUCCCUGUGAAAUCCGAGAGUUAAUAAGGUUGUCUUUUAGGGUGUUUUCAAAAUUAUACAAAACUACACAAACCGCGUUUAGAGUCACUCCAUACAUUGCAUGAUGAGUUAGGAAUAUCCCAUGCAUAAUUCAUUGAUGCACCUCUGAGGCUGACUGAAAUACAAAUUAGAUGAGACCAAGACCGUAGCUGGCACACAGUGGCAACCAGAGCCUGUUGAUGAAGUGACGGCCUUCAGUGCAUGCACACCUGGAGUGGUGUGUCAACUACGGUGAUGUCAGAUGAGGACAGGCAGAGGAAUGAGGCCGUCUGAAGCAGGCCCUUCCUCACAGGUGCUCGGAGGCAGCCAGCAAUCACGCGGUGACGGCAUCUGCCUAUCAUAUAUUAUUUACGACUGCAUGCGUCCAGAAAAAAAAAUGGAAUGUCUGCUUUUAAUGGGCAGCUCUAUUGUUAGAGUGCAGCUGGAAAUGCCCUUGAUGGCCCUUUUAGUCCGAGUUGUCUGCUGUUUUUGCUUAUGCUCGUGGAGCGUGGUUGUGUUUGUCUUUAGGUGUUUUCCCACCCCCCACCCCCAUUUUUACAUACAGUGUAUGUAUGCAGCCUUUAUAUUGAGAGCAUUUUACACAUUUGUUUCCAGGCUGUGCUGCCUUUACAGGGGAUGCUUGUAGAUCAUCUCUAACUGUCACCACUCCAUGACAAGCCAUUGUUUUAAAUGUUUGUAAAAAUCUCUGGAAUACUUCCUCUUAAGCAGACCUGCUUUUUUCCACUGCAGACGGAAAAUGCUUGAGUAGUUCCCGGACUGCACUUCUCCCACCUCCAGGAGUUACCAGCAUAUCAGGCCUAUCACACCCAUGAGAUAGCCGAAUCACUGAAUACACGUCAGGUCACAGCAAGUGGAACCUGAUACCCCCACUUUCAGGAUGGUAGUAGUAAGCAGUAAGUCCAGGCGGAGUUGCGGUCACAGUGCGCCUGCAGCAGAGUUGCGGUCCGCGCCGUAGUUGUAGGGUCACUCGUGAAAGAUGACACGAUACAGAGUGAAAUCCUUCACGUUAAUCUGUGGAAUUGCUGACUCAUGGCUGUGAGGGAGGAAAACUGAACUCAGGAAAGGGGACAAAAAUCACUAAACAACAGAAAAACAAUCGUGAUGCAGGCAGGUUCCAGGGGUACAGAAAACGUACAUAAACGCUAGGCCUUCUGAUCCCCAUGGGGUUUUUAACAGCAGCAGAUUCUUCUUCGGUUGGUCAACAGGCCAUAAAUUUGUCCAGAUUAGCAGAGCAUUGUGAGCAAAAGGCCUGCAGGUAAACACUUUGUUUCACUUUUGCACAGUUUAGAGCUAAUGUCCAGCUAUGACAGUUAAGUAGAUAAUCAAUGCACACUUCCUGCUCUACCCCCUCUGUGACUCAUUCCUUUGCAUCAAAUUGGAGGGAUUGCUACUGUGCAAACCAGACAAGACCCCCACCACUACCCAUAUCCAACUCCAUAGAAACUUACAUUUCUACUCCUGUGGACAUCCCCUACCUAACGUGCUGAAAUGCUUUGACGUGUUGACAAUGGAAGUUGAUCAUAAGA